AUGGUUUCUGCUGCGUACGAUAAGGGAGAUGGAGGGUUGGCGGCGCACGCCCUAGUGUUCCCCUUCCCGUCGCAAGGGCACAUGAUUCCCCUCCUCGACCUCGCCCAUCACCUCUCCCUCCAAGGAGUCUCCGUCACCGUCCUCGUCACUCCCGGGAACCUCCCCAUCCUCCGUCGCCUCCUCUCCCGAGCUCCGGCAAUCAAAACUCUGGUCCUCCCCUUCCCUCCCCACCCCUCCCUCCCCGCCGGCGUCGAGAACAGCAAGGACCUCACCGCAGACCAGUUCCUCCCUCUGAUGCACGCCCUCAGCUUCCUCCACGAACCUUUCCUCCGGUGGGCUCGAACCACCCCGUCGCCGCCGGACUUCAUCGUCUCUGAUUUCUUCCUCGGCUGGACCCAACGCACCGCCGCCGAGCUUGGGGUCCCGCGGGUGGCGUUCUGCCCAUCCGGCGCCCUCUUCCUCUCUGUCGUCCACGACCUGUGGAGGGAGAUGCCCCAGCGGGGAGAUGCCGCCGCCGGCGAGGACUUCCCCGUCGAGUUCCCGAGCCUCCCGGGCUCCCCCGUGUUCCCAUGGCGCCACCUCUCCUCCCUCUACAGAAGGUGCAGGGAAGGGAACCCCCUCUGCGAGUUCGUAAGGGAAGGGUUCUUGCAGAAUAUCUCCAGCUGGGGAUACGUCUUCAACACCUUCAUGGAUUUGGAGGCGCCGUACCUCGACCACCUCCGGGCGGAGCUGGGGCACCGCCGUGUGUGGGCGGUCGGCCCGCUGGCUCCGCCGGGCGACGGCGACCGCGACGGCGACUCUGUCCUCUCUGCCGGCGCCAUGGCCUGGCUGGACGCCUGCCCCGCAGGCACGGUGGUGUACGUCUGUUUCGGCAGCCAGGCGGAGCUGAACCCCGCGCAGACGGCGGCGCUGGCGGCGGCGCUUGAGCGGAGCGGUUCCCGGUUCGUUUGGUGCCUGCGGGUAACCCCCGCGGGGAGCGCCGUCGCGUACGGCGGCGCGCCGGAGGGGUUCGAGGAGCGGACGGCGGGGAGGGGGUUGGUGAUCAGAGGAUGGGCGCCGCAGGUGGCCAUUUUGGCCCAUCCGGCGGUGGGAGCUUUCCUCACUCACUGCGGCUGGAACUCGGCGAUGGAGGGGAUAACCGCCGGCGUGGUCCUCCUGACAUGGCCGAUGAGCGCCGACCAGUUCGCGACGGCGAGGUUGCUGGUGGAGGCCGGAGUGGCGGUGGGGGCCUGCGAGGGCCCCGACUCGGUCCCCGACCCGGACGAGCUCGCGCGGGUGAUCGCCGAGUCGGUCGGCGGGAGGAGGUCCGAGGCAGCGGAGUCGGUCCGCCUGAGGAAGAAGGCUCUGCAGGCGGUGGCGGAAGGGGGCAGCUCCUCCGACGAUCUCCGGGAUCUGGUCACCGCCAUCUUCCAAGACAAGAUCGGUCAACGGCAUUAG